AUAUGUUCCACUCACCACUGAAGCUUUUCUCCUAAACUGGAAGGCAGUCUCUUGCUAAAAUGUCCCACUAUUCUAUGAAACAGUCAACUAAAUCUGCCUACGCCAACUCAAGCGCUGGAGGAUUCAGGGGUGGUCAUGGUGGAAAUGAAUAUUUUUGUGGUGUAGGAGGUGAGGGUGACUUUGGUGGAUCUGGCUUUGGUGGUGGUUUUGGUAGUGCUGCUGGUGGAGGCUUUGGAGGUGGACUUGGUGGUGCAGGAGGAGGCUAUGGUGGUGGCUUCGGGAGUGGUGUAGGUGGAGGCUAUGGUGGUGGCUUUGGUGGUGGUGCAGGUGGAGGUUUUGGUGGUGUAGGUGGAGGUUAUGGUGGUGGCUUUGGUGGUGGUGCAGGUGGAGGUUUUGGUGGUGGCUUUGGUGGUGGUGCUGGUGGAAUGGACCUCCUCUCUGCCAAUGAGAAGCAAACCAUGCAGAAUCUUAAUGACCGCUUGGCCAACUACCUGGACAAAGUCCAUGCACUGGAGCUUGCAAAUGGCGAACUUGAACGCAAGAUUAAGGAAUGGUAUGAAAAGCACGGCCCGGGAACCACAACCGGAGAGAAAAAGGACUACUCCAAAUAUUAUACCAUAAUCAAUGACCUAAAAGCUCAGAUCCUUGUAGCAUCCGUAGAAAAUGCAAAACUUCUUCUGCAAUGUGACAAUGCCAGGUUGGCCGCUGACGACUUCAAAAUGAAGUUUGAAAAUGAACAAUACAUGCGUCAGACAGUGGAGGCCGAUAUCAAUGGUUUGCGCAGAGUCAUGGACGAUCUUACCCUGGCCAAGUCCGACUACGAAUCUCAACUGGAGAGUCUCAAUGAGGAAAUUGCCUAUCUCAAGAAGAACCAUGAAGAUGAAGUCAAAGGCAUGCAAGUGACCCAGGCCGGCCAAGUUAGUGUGGAAAUGAAUGCCGCGCCGGGUACCGACCUGACCAAAUUACUGAAUGACAUGAGAAAUCAGUAUGAAGAUCUGGCCCAGAAGAACCGCGCAGAAGCAGAGGACCGCUUCAACAGAAUGAGUGCUGACCUAAAGAAGAGCAUUUCCCAGGGGGUUGAACAACAGAAGGAGAGUAAAUCCGAACUGACAGAACUCCGAAGGACACUCCAAGCUCUGGAAAUUGAACUUCAGUCACAGCUUGCCAUGAAAAAAUCCCUGGAGUCGACACUGGCUGAAACCGAGGGCGCUUUCUGCGUGAAACUGGCGCGUAUCCAGGAGAUGAUUAUCAACAUAGAGGAGCAGAUCGCAAGACUGAAAGGAGAGUCCGAGUGCCAGACUGCCGAGUACCAACAGCUGCUGGACAUCAAGGCCAGACUGGAGAAUGAAAUCGAGAUAUACCGCAAGCUCCUGGAUGGGGAUCUGAGCAAAUCCAGCCAAUCCACCAGCCAAUCAACUAGGCAAUCCACCACCCAAUCCACCAGCCAAUCCACCAGCCAGUACGGUAAAGGGGCUUCUUCUGAUCGAGGGUCUCCUGCAGGUUCUACAUCCAGCAAAGGAUCGAGUUCCUACAGAGUGCGGGAAAUACGCGAGAAAGUGGUGGAUGGAGUCGUUGUGUCAAGCGAAGUGAUAGAGAAAUAAUGGAGAGUAAAGGACAAGUGCGCGCUUGGCACAAAGCAGAAUCUUACUGGAUGAGGGGACCCACAUUUUGGUUUUUCAGUGACUUUUAUGGGACUGCUUUAGACUGGGAUGUUAUUAUGGGGGUGUGGCUUAGGGCUGUAGGCACCGCACCUCAGCCUUCCUUCUCCAUGCCAUGUAGGCAUCCGAGGGCCAUACCAACUGGGGGCCUUGGGUGCUUAUAUGGUAUUACUGCCCUGGUGUGCAUCAAUCCUAAGAGGGCAGUGUACAAGUGACACUGACAGGUAGUGACGAGCGAAUCUGUCACGUUUUGCUUCGCCGGAAAAAUUCACAAACCGGCAAAAAAAUUUGCAAAACGCAUUGAAGUCAAUGGGCAACUUUUUUGUCUCUGGACUCUUUUGUCUUGGUGACUUUUUUUUUGUCGCUGGACUCUUUUCUCUGUGACUUUUUGUCUCUGGACUCUUUUGUCUUGGUGACUUUUUUGUCGCUGGACUCUUUUGUCUUGGUGACUUUUUUUGUCGCUGGACUCUUUUGUCUUUGUGACUAUUUUGUCUCUGGACUUAUUUGUCUCUGGACUAUUUUGUCUUGGCGACUUUUUUGUCUCUAGACUUUUUUGUCUUGGUGACUAUUUUGUCUCUGGACUCUUUUGUCUUGGUGACUUUUUUGUCUCUGGACUCUUUUGUCUUGGUGACUUUUUUGUCUCUGGACUCUUUUGUCUUGGUGACUUUUUUAUCUCUCCAAUUAUUUUUAAAUGGCAAAUUUUUGCUGCCGUUUUGCCAAACAAUUCGCUCAUCACUACUGACAGGCAAAUGUUUUAUGAAAGAUGGAUUUGUGCCUUAAAUCGCACUUAGAAAGUACACUGAAACCAUGAUGCUAUCCAGUAAAAGCAGCUUUUAACAUUAUAUGUGCCUAUUAGAUUCUCCAGCGAUGGGAGUGCCGAAACCUUAAUCUGCUCGUGUUCACUGCAUAGUCAUUCUGCCUUGUUUUUUUUCUCUUUGCAUGAUCUAAACAAUAAAUGUUUUUUUCUUUAGCAAGUUA